GCGCGCCGGUAAACGCAGCGUGCGAGCCCGUGUGCGCGAGCGUAGGCUACGGAUCAACCUAGGAGCAGUGCGCACGCGUCAUUCCCGGGCGCCCGCGCUCCGCCACACGCCACCUAGCGGCCGGAUGUGCCAUCACAGCUGAAACUGCCCCGAGGUAACCGAACUUCCCAGGGCGGAGCCAUAUUUUCCAUCUGGACCAGCUUAAGGUUUACGAGGAAAGUCUUACAAGACUGCUUCUUGUUGGCUUUCCCAAGAUCCCAUCCAACAUGCUUCACUCUAAGCUUCUUCUCCCAUGAUUAUAAUGCCCCAUCAACAGUGCGCCCGGCGGGCCCCUGGAUCGGUCCCGUGUUUCAACAGAACUUGUACCGAACAGACCCAGGGACACCCCUUAUUCCAGCCUCCGAGCACCCUCCAGCCGCUUGUACAGCCUCAGUCCUCGGAACCAUCUUCCCGGUUACCCUCCGCCUCCGGGGCCAACCAACACCGGUUUGUGAGCUUAGCUCCCUGUUGCCAGUCAACCAUGAGCUGUCAGAUCCGUCAGAAUUACUCCGCCGAGGUGGAGGCCUCCGUCAACAGCCUGGUCAACAUGUAUCUGCGGGCCUCCAACACCUACCUCUCCCUGGGCUUCUAUUUCGACUGCAGCGAUGUGGCUCUGGAGGGCUUGGGCCGCUUCUUCCGCGAGUUAGCCCAGAAGAAGCUCGAGGGUGCCCAGGAGCUCUUGGUGUUGCAAAAGCAGCGCAGCGGCAGCUCCCUCUUCCAGGACGUGCAGAAGCCGUCCCAUGACAAGUGGGGCAAAGCCCUGGACGCCAUGGAAACUGCUGUGGUCCUCGAGAAGAACCUGAACGAGGCCCUUUUGGAUCUGCAUGACCUGGCUUCUACCCACGCAGACGCCCAUGUCUGUGACUUCCUGGAGAGCCACUUCCUGGGCGAGGAGGUGAAAACCAUCAAGAAGAUGGGCGACCACCUGACUAACCUCCGCAGGCUGUCCUGCCCCCAGGCCGGGCUGGGCGAGUAUCUCUUCGAAAGGCUCACCCUCCAGCGUGACUGUCAGCCUCUGGAGCCCAGCGGCCUUUGAGGGGCUCCUCUGGCAUCCCCUUAGUGCCGGGGCUUCUGUCUGGGUUUGUCCGAGCAGCCGCCAGGCAGCUCUUUAACCACCCUGGAGCCCGCGCCCAAGCUGUGGACCAAAUGAAAACAAUAAAACUUUUUGCAGGGGAAAAAAAAUGCCGCCUGUAUUAUAUACCAGAAUAGUCUAGAUUCAGGGGCUUUUGUUGGGGGAGGGGGAGGGUGUUCUUUAUUAUUUUCCAUUCAUUCAUUUGUCUGUCUUCCUCACAACAAUCCUCUUAACUACUAAAGCUUUCUAAUCACAGCCCCUUCUUAUCUUUAAAAUUUCUUUGGCCACUCUUGGGCAUUUUUUUCCCCUAAAUCUUACCUGUGCAGUAUAACAUAUGCAGAAAAGUAUAUGAAAUAUACAGCUGGAUGAUUUAUCAGAAAGCGAACAUCCAUGUAACUACCACUGGAAAUUGAAUUUCCAGUAUUCCUGAACCCUUCCCCCUGCUUCACUGUCCUUUCCCUCCUACCCAGAGGUAACUACUAUCCUGGUAUUUAUGGUAAUUGUUUCCCCGCUUUGCUUUUUGUUUUACUACCUAGGGGUGCAUUCCUGUAUUUUAGUUUUGCUUAUUUUUUUUAACUUUAUAUACUCUUGGAUAUAACGUGUCUUUCACACAACAGUAUUUUUAUGAGAUUCACCCGUUUUUCAUUUUUUCAUGGUUAUGAAUAGUUCAUUUUCUUAAAAAAUUUAUAAAAAGUUUUUAAAGAUUUUAUUUAUUUGAAAGAGAGAGAGCGAGCGAGAGAGAGAGAGCAGGAGCAGUGGGGAGGAGCAGAGGGAGAGGGAGAAGCAGGCUUCCCGCUGAGCAGGGAGCCCGACUAGGGGCUCGAUCCCAGGAUCAUGACCUGAGCUAAAGGCAGACACUUAACCGACCGAGUCACCCAGGCGCCCCUUUUUAAAAAAUAUUUAAGUAAACUCAGCCCAAUGUGGGGCUCUAACUCAGGACGUGGAGAUUAAGAGUCACAUGCUUCACCCACCCAGCCAGCCAGCCACCCCAAUGGUUCAUUUUCUUAAUAGUGUCUUUUUUUUUUUUUUUUAAGAUUUAUUAGAGAGAGGGAGAGUGCAAGUGAGCUGGGGGGGGAGGGGCAGAGGGAGAGGGAGAGAGAGAAUCCUGGAGCAGACUCCAUGCUCAGCACGGAGCCUGAUGGGGCUCCAUCCAAGGACCCAGAGAUUGUGACCCCAGCCGAAACCAAGAGCGCCACCCAGGGGCCCCCCUGUACAAGCGAUUUCUAAUAAACAUCAUCUGUUUUCUUUCUCUCGCAUUCACUGUUCAUUUCCAUGACGCUGAGACUCAAGAACCUGGUCUUGGGGGUCUAGUAACACUCUCAUCAAGAAGUAGGGUUCUUUUUCUCCACCCCUUGAACCUGA